GAGAAAUCGAAUAAUGUUGCUGUUAGCCAAAAUGUUCGAUUGGCUGGUACCACCGUUGAUGUUCGUAGAUUUCUUGAAAAGGAUCUGGAUCAUGCAUUUGUAGGAUGGAAAGAAAGAAUACCUAAGUCAGAAGAAUUUGUAUCACCUUCAACUAGUUUUAAGGAAGAGACAAGAAAAUAUUACUUAACUGAAAAAUAUGCAAGAAAAUGGAGAAGAAAUAUCAAGAAAUCAAUCCGAAAUGGUAAACUCAAUUUAAAUGAUACAACAUGGUUGAAAGCUGUUAUUUUCAACCCAAGUUCACGCUUGGCAAGACAAGUGGCUUGUAAUAUUAUUGAGUAUAUGUGUGGCAAUUUCGAAAGAAAAAGAGAGAUUCUCAACCUUUUGACACAUUUCUUAGUGGAACUCAGUAUUGCAGGAGAGAGCUCUGCUGAAUUUCUUACUCUCUAUCAAAACCUUAUACAAGAAGUGCCUUGGAAACAAUACUUGACUGUUCAUGGAGUUUUAGUAGUGUUGGCACAUCUUAUUACAGUUGAAAUAGAGAAACUGCAUAAGUUGGAAGAAACUACUUUAACGUCCGAUCUUGCCCAAGGUUAUGCGCUAAAUCAGCUAACAGAAUUACUGUCGUCAUUUCUUGAUGAUGCCUGCAUCAGGAGGCAGUACAAGGGACGAUUAGUGGGAGCCGUUUUAAAUGGUUAUUUAUCUCUAAGGAGAUUGGUUGUACAAAGAACAAGACUAAUAGAUGAUACUCAAGAAAAAUUAUUAGAACUGCUGGAAGAAAUGACAACUGGAAAUGAAGAAGAAACCAAAGCGUUUAUGUCUAUUUGCAUUGAAACUGUAGAACGAUACAGCCUUCAAGAUAUCCUGACUCCAGUUUUUAUCUUUGAGAGGCUUUGUUCCAUAAUUUAUCCAGAAGAAAAUGAUGUUGGGGAGUUUUUCCUGACAUUGGAAAAGGAUCCUCAACAAGAAGAUUUUCUGCAGGGUCGCAUGCUGGGUAAUCCCUACUCUAGUCUAGAGGCUGGUCUUGGGCCACUUAUGAGAGAUGUGAAGAAUAAAAUCUGUCAGGAUUGCGAACUCGUAGCUCUUCUGGAAGAUGAUAAUGGCAUGGAACUGUUAGUUAACAAUAAAAUUAUGAGUUUAGACUUGCCAGUUAAAGAUGUUUAUAAAAAGGUAUGGUUGGCUGAAGGAGGGGACCAUGAAGCUAUGCGUAUUGUUUAUAGGAUGAGGGGGCUUCUUGGUGAUGCAACCGAGGAGUUCAUUGAGAGCCUCAAUAAUAAAUCACAAAAUGCUGUGGAUAAUGAAGAAGUUUAUAGAAUGGCUAAUGUCUUGGCAGAUUGCAAUGGACUUCAGGUGAUGGUUACCAGAUUAGGAGCUAUCCCAAGUGUUUAUAAAGCCAGACCAUUGCUUCAGGUAUUAUUGAAAUUGUUCAGGUUGUGUGUCAAAGUUAAUCGAUGCCAGGAAGUACUUAUAAAGCCUGAAGUGGGAGCCAUGGAAGUGUUUCUCCGUACUUUACAACUUUGUUUGGACAGUGAUCCUGAUUCUAGUCAAGCAGCUGUAACUGAACAGCUUUUAGAUAUAAUGGAAACAAUUUUGUCCAAAGCAACUAGUGAAUCUUUAGACAAAUUCAAAGAAUUCUCCCAAACAUUUGGUAGCCCAGAAUAUGUAAAAUCUUUAUUAAACUGCACCACCCAAUCUAUUGUUAAAAAUAACAAUGCUGUAUUGGUGCAUCUCACAAAAGUUUUAGCAGCUUUGGUUUAUGGCAAUGAAGAAAAAAUGAAAAUUCUUCUAAAUCACUUUAGUUCAGUACUUCACUUCAAAAAGUACGAUUCAGAUCACAAUUCCGAAGACCAACAAAAACUUGAAAUGUUCUGUAUCUUAACAAAUGGCAUUGAGAAAAAUGCUAUCGGAAAUACUCUUAAGGACCACAUUAUAUUGAGGGACAUAGUGAAAAAUGCACUUGAAUAUAUCACAAUGCACGCACCUUGUGUGAAGCCAACGUUAUUGCGUGUAGAUAGUGAUGAAUUGAAAGAUUUUAUUUCGAAACCGUCAUUGAAGUAUAUUCUAAGAUUUUUAACUGGGUUGGCCCAUAGUCAUGAAAAAACACAGGUUGCCAUUGCUUCUGCAGAAACAAUCCCAAUUAUUCAUAGACUGGAACAAGUUUCCUCAGAUGAACACGUAGGUUCUCUAGCAGAAAAUCUUCUAGAAGCUUUGUGUACAAAUCCAGAAGUUGCCAAACAAAUUGACGAGGUUCGCGACUUCACAAGGUCAGAGAAAAAGCGUCUAGCUAUGGCAAUGAGAGAAAAACAGUUAGGUCAAUUAGGUAUGCGAACCAAUGAUAAAGGACAGGUUACUGCCAAAUCAGCAAUACUUCAGCAAAUAGAAGAACUUGGAGAAGAAUCAGGAUUGGUAUGCUGCAUUUGUCGUGAGGGUUACAAAUACCAGCCAACAAAAGUGUUAGGUCUAUACACUUUUACAAAACGAUGUAAUGUAGAUGAGUUUGAAGCGAAACCAAGGAAAACAAUUGGAUAUACCACUGUCAGUCAUUUCAACAUAGUUCACAUUGAUUGCCAUAUGAGUGCAGUAAGAUUAGCGAGGGCCCGAGAUGAAUGGGAGUCUGCAGCCUUGCAAAAUGCCAACACUAAGUGUAAUGGUUUACUUCCGCUGUGGGGUCCUCAGGUACCAGAAUCUGCUUUUGCUAGCUGUUUAGCAAGACAUAACACCUAUUUACAAGAAAGUACCAACCAUAGGGAUAUUGGCCACAGUUCUACCAUCCACGACCUGAAAAUUUUGUUAUUUAAAUUUGCUCAAGAAAAAACAUUUCACGAAGAUACUGGAGGUGGAGGACCUCAGAGUAAUAUGCACAUGAUACCUUAUUUGAUCCAUGUAGCGCUCUAUGUGAUAAACACAACAAGAGUAAGUAAACGAGAAGAAUCUAGUCUGAUGGCUUAUCUCGAGUCAACAAACAUGGAGAAAUGGGUCGAAUCAGCUUAUGAAGCUGAAGGUCCUCUUUACUGGGCAACAAUUUCCAUUCUUCUUCACUCCUUAGCUCAGUGGAACUCCCACCGAAUAUCUCACCUCAGAAGGCUUAUAAUCCUUGCACAUGCACGACAUUGUCAACCAUCGGGUCCCGCCAAAAGUUUGUCAGAUAAAACUAUCAAAGAAUACUCUGUUUACAAACCAUAUCUUGUGUUUUUUGGACUUGUGGAUGGAAUUUAUAAUUGUUUCUUCAAGAAUGCUUCGGGUGCAGAUGAUCAGUGGCCAAAUAAUCUUGCAGAUUAUAUUCGUCAUAAUGAUGAAGCAUUAAUGAAAUCUUCGGAAAAGUUGCUGGGUAUAUACACAGAAGAGUUGUUGCCUUGUACUUCCUUCCCUGAAUUUUGUGAUGUGGCAGGUCUAUUAGAUGAUGUGGUCAGUCCUGAAACGUACAUUAGUGACCUGUUGAAUGGUACAUUUUAGUUUAAAAAUAUUUUGAAUUUUAACUCCUAUACAAAGGCUGUAUACCAUUUUAUUGUUUGCUUGCUGCUAGAUUCAAACCUGUAAGUAGUAAAUAUUUGCUUAUUGUUGGAAUUUUAGAAAACUAAAUUAUUGUACCUAUUAUUGAACAAAUAUAUUAUUCAAUAGUUC